AUGGAACGCAUGGAAUAUCAGGGUGGUGAUUCUGGUAAGCCUCUCACUCCAGACCAUUUUGAUACUGCUUGCUCCCUUGAGAAAAGGCACGUCCCAAAAAUUGGUGGUCUUGAAGAUUUUCUUGCUUUUGGACACUUGUUCUCCAACGGUAAGAACAAAAGCCAUACUUGUUUUUGCGUACAUAAGGAAGACACGUUGUCCACCAAUACUGACGACCUUAUUGCAUUUUGGGCUCCCUUCCUUUUGGUACACCUGGGUGGACCAGACACUAUAACUGCAUUUGCCCUUGAGGAUAAUGAGCUCUGGCUUAGGCACUUCAUCAGCUUCAUAGUCCAACUUGCGGUGACUGUAUACGUCUUCUUGCUCACACUUCCUGAAAACAAGCUAUUCAUCCCAACAUUGUACGUGUUUGGGGCAGGAAUCAUCAAGUAUCUUGAGCGAACACUUGCCUUGUAUCUUGCAAGCUUGGGUAGGCUCCGAGAUUCCAUGCUUGGACAACCUGAUCCGGGGCCCAACUAUGCAAAGCUCAUGGCGGAAUAUUCUUCAAAGAAAGAAGCUGGACUACCAAUACAUAUAGAAUUGACACCAGAGCCAGAUAAAGAAUCAAAGCUUGCAGCUAAUAUGAAAGAAGGACCAUUAACCGAUCUUGAAGUGGUGACAUAUGCUUACCGCUACUUCCAAAUAUUCAAGGGACUCAUCGCUGACCUUACCUUCAGCCGCCGUGAGCGCAACAAAAGCCGAAAUUUUUUCCAGUCGAGAACGGCAGAAGAUGCGCUUAAAGUGAUAGAUUUAGAACUCAAGUUCAUCUAUGAAGCUUUCUAUACCAAGAUGGUGGUGGUGCAUAGUGUGGCGUGGUACAUAUUCCGGUUUAUAUCCAUUCUUUUCGUUUUGGUGGCCUUUGGAUUCUUCUAUUCCUUGGACAAGCAUGCUUUCGUGGACAUUGACGUCAAGGUCACCUACACUUUGCUUUAUGGUGCCAUAUUCCUGGAUCUAAUUGCUCUCAUCAUGCUCUUUUUCUCUGAUUGGACUGUUGCUUCUAUCCAUACAAAUUGGGCCACUUGGCUAUUUGGAAAGUGGUAUUUGAAGAUUGCCAAAGGAUAUCUUAAAGUAAAGGAGUUAAGGUGGAGUGCAGUCUCUGAAUCUGAAAAGAUUGAAGUAUUGAAUACGCGACGUUUGCUUCGCAGGAACCUUGUAAAUGAAUGCUCCUGUGGAGAUCCAAUUCCAACAAAGAAACUCCCUAAAAAGCUAUGGGAAUUUAUCUUUGAUGACUUGCUAGAGAAAUCCAAAGACGCCGUAGGUGAUGCAGAAACUACCAAGAGGAUACACUCAACUAGAGGUGCUUAUGCUAUCCAAGAAGGCAUUUUCGAAGUCGAAGAGCAGCAUCAAAAAACAAUAAAAAGAAUAACAGAGGACUAUAUCGAAAAUGUUGCCUAUGAUGUGACUCUUCUGUUGUGGCACGUUGCUACUGAACUCUGCUUUCAGGAAACCCAAAAAAAUGCUGGACAUGGAGACGAAAAAGAUGGCAAUUGGUUGCGGAACGUUGCUACUAAACUGAUCUGCUGUCUAAAACCCCAAGGCGAAACGGUCCUUGAAGGAGCCAGUGUUGGUGAGUACUGUGUUUAUAGCAAGCUCCUCUCAGAUUACAUGAUAUAUCUUUUUGUGAAGCAGCCUGACAUGAUGCCAGCGGUGGCUGGAAUAGGGAAAUUAAGAUAUAGGGAUACCUGUGCCGAAAUUGUAAAUUUCUUUAGCAGAAGGGGCAUAAAAAAAAAAGUCCGAAAGAAGCCUGUGACGCCAUCUUUGGCGUGGAUACAGAAGUUAGACCUGUUUAUGUCAAGGGAGAUAGAAGCAAAUCUGUACUGUUUGAUGCAUGUAUGCUGGCCAAAGAACUGA